AUGGGUGGUGCAAACACUUACAACUUCUUGGUGGCGGCUGCGGUCACCGUUGGUGCAUUCACCUAUGGAUUCAACAACUCGGUUAUCGCUCCAGUUUAUGGAAUGGCAGGCUUCUUCAGCUACUUUGAACUUUCCCCUGAAGCCGGCAACCAGCAAACAGCCAGCGUUAUUGGAGCUGCCAAUGGCCUCUUCUUCGCUGGAGGCAUGCUCGGAUGCUUCACGAUUGCAUGGAAAGGGGAUGUUCUUGGACGAGUUCGCAAUCUACAAAUCGUGGCUGCUAUAUGCCUAGUGGCCGCCAUCAUCCAAGGCGCCUCGGUCCAUAUUGCCAUGUACAUAGUCGGAAGGUUUCUCAGCGGCUAUGGGUCGGGCGGUAUGAUUGCCUUGAUUCCCAUCUAUCUGUCAGAGAUCUCACCACCGCACAUGCGUGGCCGUAUGGUCGGCCUCGCUGCCGUAGGACAAGUCCUUGGCUACUGCACCGCCGGUUGGGCAGGAUACGGAUGCUAUUUCGGAAACACCAACAUGUCCUGGCGCUUGCUGACAUUCAUCUCGCCGACUUUCAUUCUUACUGUUUCGCCCUGGCUGCCCGAGUCCCCUAGGUGGCUGAUUCUGUGCGACCACCACGAACGGGCCUUCGCUACUCUGCAGAAAUUGCAUCACAAGACUCAAGACACGCAAGAUAUCUUAGCCCGGGAAGAGUAUCUACAAAUCAAGAAACAGGUCGAUCUGGACAGUUCAAAGCCGCGGACUUUGCUCGCAAUACUGAAAAUCCCAUCGUAUCGGAGACGAUUAUUCACGGCGAUGCUGCUGGAGUUCCUUUUCCAAAGCACUGGUGUGCUUGUGGUCAACAACUACCAGGUGUUACUCUACAACAACUUAGGCCUUACGGGGUCUCUCCCUCUCAUGCUCUAUGCUGUUUAUUGUUCAUGGGCGGGGAUCGUGAACUACUUGUCUACCUUCUUCAUUGACCGAUUCGGGCGCGUUAAGAUGAUGAUCUACGGAACGAUCGGCUCAAUCAUUAACGUUGCCCUUCUGAUGACGAUGAUCGCUGUAUACGGUGGCACGUCUAACAAAAUCGGCAACGGCUUCGGUGUCUUCUUCCUGUUCUUCUUCGUGACUUGCUACGGUUUCGGUAUCGACCCUACCGUUUACGUGUACUUGUCAGAGCUGUUCCCCACUCACAUUCGCGCGCAAGGUUUUGCAAUGGGCAUCGCCAGCUUCCUUGGAUCGGCCUUGGUGUACAAUGAAGUUGCAGGCACCGCCUUCGCGACCAUCGGCUGGAAAUACUAUCUCGUCUUUGUCUCUGUGUCGGCUGCCGGUCUCCCCUUCUUGAUCUUCUGCUGUCCUGAGACCAAAGGCCUCACUCUCGAGGAGGUGGGCCAAUUGUUUGGCGACGAAGUCGGUUUGGAUCUAAGCCACAUGACAGCCGAGCAAAGAGAGGAACUUGACCGAAAGUUAUUGUCCGAGGCUGGAAAGGUCCCGAUCGCGAACGAAGGGACAGUUGAACAAGUGGUAUCAAAGGACGGGACCAGCAUAGUUUCGCAUUUCGGGAAAGUCGCCGAGUAG